AUGGCGUUUUCGGGCAACCUCGCCCCUGUCUUCGGCGUGACAUCAAGUCCGUACCAGAAGGCCUCGGGCAAAGCUGCCAGCGACGAUGAAGAAGAAGACGACGAAGUGGUCUUCCUCGGUGAAAAGUCGGCACCGACGACGACGAAGCCGCUGACCAAGGUCGAGCUCGAGUAUCGCAGAGUGCUCCGACGUCGCGACAGCGACGAUUCCUCAGACUCUGACUUGGACACCGAGAACGAGGGAAGAGGCACCACAAACGUCUCGCGCAACUUCUCUGGUACGCAUGUUCAACGCUUUCUCAAAGAUGGUGAAGCUGAUUUGAGUAACCCCAAAGAUUCACCAGAGUCCGCCCGAGCCAAGGUGGCACCUGCUCAAAAGCACUCGCGCUCCUUCCAGUCGUCCUCCAAAUCGUCUGCCAAGACUCCUACCUCCAAGACGCCUGCUGCGCUCGGUGCCUUGCGUUCCGUCACGAGCAAGGGCAAGUCUCGUCCUUCGAAUGCUUCACCUAUGCAAUUCAAAGCUAUCAGUAAUCAAUUCAAAGCUAUUAGCAAUAUGGCUAGUCGAAUCAACGAUCACACUACUGGAAGCACUGGCAGCGCAUCCAAGGGUAUGGGCGGUACAGCUUCCAUGUCUACUCCCAUUGCUCACAUCGAUCCUUCAAAGUCUACCACAUCUACCUCAAAUCACACUGAUGGGGUGGAUGAUGGCCUUGAUGUCGAGAUGAUCGACGAGCCUGUCCCUGCGAUUCUACCUAGUCCGACCAGAACCUCUGCGCCCCCAACCCUGGAGCAACUUAUUCUCGAGAUCGAUGAGGCUGAGAAGGAUGCGCCGUGGCGACAAAAGUUAGAUCGCAGUAUGCAAAUCUCUACCGCUCACUCGACUGGAACACGAAAGGCUGGCGUCACAAAGUCACUGGCCAACAAUGCUACGCUGAAUGCUAGACCUAGCGCGACCGGUCAGGCUAUGAGCAAUACCGAGCUGAAUGCUAUACAUGCAGAUCGUGCCCGAUUGAUUGAAGACUACGCCAAGGCGAGACACAACUACGUCGAAGGAGAGAGUCUCGAGCAAGAUAGACAAGACAACACUGCUCCCAUGCAGAUGCAGGAUAUGCAAGGUCAAGCCAGCCUUGGGCGGGGGCCGCCUCGCAAGCGCACUGCUGCAGCUAUGAGUGAUUUUCAUACUGCGUCUGCCAAGCCAGCCGCUCCUUCGCAUCCGUCUAAGAAGCCUAAGACUGGUGUCAUCCCCACCAACAUCACUCCUGGUAAUUGGGCGAUGGAUAUGACACUAGAACUGUGCGGUGAGGAUCAACACACCAAGCUGGAGUGGCUCAAGCAAAUGGUUCCCGAGAAGUUGCAGGACAAGGCAUGUGUAUGGCUUGGCGCGAUCAUGUACAUCGAUGGAUUGCGUGGUGCUGCUACAGCCUUGCCCGAACGCGGCAGCCAUCAAUGGAAGAAACAUACUCAGACGGCUCUCAGGGACCUCAUCUUACAAGAUUCAUCUUGGGUACCUCCUUCGGAUGCGAGACAUGGACUGCUUAUACCCUACCUCCGACACCUUCGGGCACAGCAGCUUCACAAUACAUCGUCGCACAGCGCCCUGAGUGAAGCUGCAGCGGGGGCUCGCGCUCAAGUCCAGCCUGUGGUGCUGGCCGGCGAAGAUCACUCUGACCAAGACGAUUCGGAGGAUGAUUUCUUAGCAAGCCUGCAGGUCAGAGCUGAGCUUGCGAGAUCAGCUGGCCUAGAUCCCCAGACUCCACUCCAAGCCGUUGGGGCCGGUGGCGAGCCUCGAAAGGUCGACUCGAUCAAGAACCCAUUGAUGGAUCAGGUGAGAAGAGACCAGGAUACAGAGGCCUCCCGGCGUCGAACUCGAACCGGAAUGCUGACCAGCGAUGCUGACGAUGACUUCGGUCUGGAUGAUUCCGCAGCAAACACAUCAGCGGGUAAUAGUGUACAGGCUGGACUUGCGAAGGGUUUGUCUGUGGAACAAGAUUCUGUCACAGCCACUAGGGUGUUCGAUGAGGACUCUGCCACACAUUACUCUAUCAUGGCUGCUGCAAGUCCGGAAGAUGGGAGUGCCGAUGUUCAAGCUGUUAUCGACACACAGAACAAAAUUCUUGAGUUGAUCAAAGCUACUUCCAGCUCUCAAGUUGCGGGCCAUCACCAUACUGCUGGCAGUGCAGUUGCGAUAGCUGAACAGAAUGCAACCUACUACUCGGUUCGAGCUGAUCCAGCUGCCAACGCUGAAACCGACCAAUUUGGGACGAUCCAACCACUCAGCAGCCUCCCUCGAAAGGAUGAGUCGGCACCUGCCGGUAAUGCUGGCGAGAACUCACUUACUCGAGAGACUUUGGGCAGCGACAUUGCGUCAUAUGAGAGCGAACGCUGGAUGCACCCACAUGAUGAUGUAGCUGCCGAAGAAGGUCGUCGACUCCGUGUCGGCAACCUUCAUUACGGUAUUUGUACCUGGGAUCUCGAGCAGUUGUUCGAGGCGUAUGACGUCCAACUUAUCAACCUACGAACAGACAAGCUUGGCGAUCACGCCUUUGUCGACCUCUCUUCCGCCGAGCAGGCUCGUCACGCCGCCAGUAAGCUGUCAGGGAACUUUGUUUGUGGGGGACGAGUCACUGUGGAAGUCACGUGUGUACCAAUGAAGGUGAAGGGAGUCGCUACGGCAAUGCAGAAUACAACCACAAGCAACAUACCUUCAUUGCGCGACGGCUUCUGUGGCCCCUGUGCGCCAUCUACCUCAGCUGUUACUCCCGUCAGCCGCAAUGACGACUUAGCAGCCGGCGGCCCAGGAAAUUGCAUGAAGGACAUUGACCAGGAAGAGACUGAACGUGUCUUUGGAAGCCGGGAGAAGACCGCCGCAUCAGACCCUCGCACAGUCGUUCAAGCCCAGACGCCCUCUCGUCCAUCAGCCGGCAAUGUCCGCGUCGAAGCAGCGGCAGCUUCCAAGGUUGACGCAAACUUGACAUCUCUGUUUGCGACAAGUUCAAAGGCCGUGCCCUUCAGAUUCAACUUUUGCCGAGAACCGCUUCGCGCGGAGACUGGGAAACAGCACGACGACUCCACAGGCCCAGUCAUGAUGCCAAAUCGCAAAGGCGAAGUUGCUCAGGACGCGAUCGCUUCGUCUGCUGAUGUUCCGGUUGUUCCUGCAAGAGCACCAGAAGUGUGGAACGCCAUAGCAGACUCAGAUGCCGACGAGUCGGUCCGCAGAUACGACAUGGCGAAAGGCGAGCUCGUCGCUUUCAUCCAAAGCCACAAAGAUGGGGAGAUCGACUACAAUGACGACAACGCGUUGUUCCUGACCUCGCGAAUGUUCUUGCAUCGAUUCGAGGACCGACUGGUUCGUGCUGAGAAGGCUUGGGCGCUGAAAGGGAACCGUUGA